CUUUGGUUCACUUGCGCUGCGAAUCAACCCUAGACAAGAUGAGCUACAUUGCCCGCCGAGGUCUCUCGACCUUGAUCCCCCCCAAGGUUGCCUCUCCUAACGCCAUCGGUGCCGCCCAAGAUGCCGCCCGUAUGGAGCGUGUUGUGACCUUCUACGCUGGUCUUCCCCGUGGCCCUGCCGCUGCUGCCAAGCCUACCGGCCUCAUCGGUCGCUACCAGGCCCGCUACUUCAGCGGCAAGAACGCUUCCGGUGCUCCCCUUGUCCACGCUAUUGCCGGUAUCCUGAUCCUGGGUUACAGCAUGGAGUACUACUUCCACCUGCUCACGAUUAGGGCGUUCGAGAGAUCAAGCAAGGUGAGCGACCCUCAGCUUCAACCCGAGUUGGCUCUUGAAUUCCGUAUCAUCCUCCCUAUCUUUGUAUCAUCAACCGUCCUUACGCAGAACCCUUCCCUCUUUACCCUUCUCCCUUUUCUGGGACCUCUUGGGCCGCGGAUAUCCCGAGACUUACGCGCCUACCGAUUCCGCGAUCAGUUCGCCGACCCUAUCCCUGGUUGUAAGCCUACCCGGGUACCUGGCAUGUUCGAUCUGCGUCCUGUUGCCUCCCCGGAUCUAUCUUCCCAGCGCCAGGGCACUUUGGCUUACAUGGUCGCGACUAUUGUUGGAACAGAAUCGAGAAUUGUUAUGGCAGAGCAGAGCAACCGCGAUGUGGUAGAUCAGACCCUGUCGGGCGGCGAGCCUUCGCCUUCCGACGUUCCUGCGAGCACCAACGACAAUAUAUCUGCUAGAGGGGACGCAGGGAAGACUGAACAUAUCGCAAUGACUACCGCUACUUCGAACAACUCAGACUUGAAGGAUAAGCAGGACCAUGAGGAGACGAAGACGCUUGGUUCACGGGGAGAAGGAACUGCUGGUGACAAUAAUACCCAAGGCUCAACGACGGAUACUUCUAAACCGGGCGUUGGAAUCGUUGCGACCAGAGUACUCGAACUCAACGGAGUGACCUCAGCAUCGGACGGCGGAGAUGACACUGCAUCGCAAGGUGGCUCGGAGUCGGAUGCCAGCCGAUCAGACAGCAAAUCCCAUGUGCGUAGUGGCUCGGUCAAGAAACCAGCUGCGUUCAAACCCGUCUCGUUUGCGAAGUUCUCGGUGAAUAAGGUGGCGGGAGUACAAGCACCACCAAAGGUGCCGGAGAAAGUGCCAUCCACGACUACGACGCCCCUUGGUACUCCACAACCAAGCUCCAGACCGCGCUUAGUCGCAAAGACUACACUCGGCAUGCGCGAUUCGUUUUCGAAGGGUGGAGCAGGCGCAGGCAAGCCUGGUGGUUCGGGGCCUGAUCCGAGUCAAGUCUGGAAUAAAAAUCGACCUGUUGCGCCCGCUCCGCAAAAGCACCUGACAGACGAAGAACUAAAGCAGCAGUAUGGAAUCCAUAUGACUUCUCGGAUUCAAGAAGAUGGCGCUGUCAGCUCGGAAGCAAAGUGGGCGGAUAUCGACGACGAUGAGGAUGACUGGGCGCCUGAGACGAUUGAGUGGACGGACGGAACCAAGGUCAACCUUACUCAACCGCAUAAUGACCCUCCACCGCCUCCCAGCCAUCGGGAGCCCAAAGAACUACCGCCUGUGGAGCCGAAGGCUACGAAGGAAGCUUCCAAACCUGCGCCCAAGCCGACUGCUUCAGUGGGACCCAACGCCGUUGUAUUCAAAGUUGGCCUAGGGGCUGAACGACAAGCAAGAACUGCGAGUGCUUCUUCUAAAGGUACAAAUGACAAAGUACCAUCCAGCUCCACAAGCCCGGCACCGCCAUCCAAGUCUCCUUGGGCUGCUUUACCUCCGGUCGAAAGAGUAUCCCCCGUCAGUGCCCCAGUGCAGCCUCAUCAACAGCGCAUGCCUGGGAGAUAUCACCCGAGGGAUGACGGCCACCAUGCGCCAAUGCCAAUGCCACCUAAGGAGAUUGCAGCGGAUGAUUUCAACCGCGCGUGGAAGGAGCCUCAGUCAGAUUUGCCUCGUGAGCUUUUCAAUCCUCGAUCCUCCCAGUACGAGCCGGUGGAAGAGACCAGAAGAGGGCCUUGGCGCCAUGAUCAGCACCAUCGAGCUCCUGCAGUCUUGCAGAGGCCCAACGAUCAUCCAACUGGACCGGCGGAACCAUCUGCUGCAUUCCAAACACAUAGGUCAAGCCACCAAGAAGGUACAGGCUGGGGCAAUCGUCGACGUGCAUCUUCCAAUGUGAGCGGAGGAAGCGGAGGAUUUGGCCGUAGGAUGUCGGUUGGCCGGUUUGACGCCGCUCCGAGAUAUAAUGACCAUCGACGAGGCUCUCAAGUGAAUGGUCUGGGUGAUCCAGCACUAACGGGCCACGAACAGCGCCAUGGAAAAGAUGAGAUGCCCCUGUCUGGGCCAAACGGCACUGUGCGUCCCGCUAUUGAUGUAGGCGCGCCUCCGCAGGAGACACAGGCAGCGGUUCCUCAAGUUGCGCAAGUACCUCAAGAGGACCCUGUUGCUUUGCAAGAGCGUAUCAUGAAGGAAAAGCGAUUAGAGGCUAGGCAGCGGCGGAUUGAACAAGAGGAGAAAGAGGAAGCAGCUAAGAAAGAGAGGAUUAGGCAACGACUCGCGGCAAUGGGACCUGCACCUGAAAAGAAAACUGAGAGUCGCAACAAUGCCCCCCCACAAUCUCAUCCUCAAACUCAUCCUCCUCCACCACCUCCCUCUCAACUUUCUCAACUACCCAAUCCUUCUAUCUCUUCACCUCCCAAACCACCUGUCCCAGAACUCACUGGUGCUCCCAAACAGUACGGUCUGAUGAAAGUUCAUCAUCCAGCUACUGUGAAGAAAUUCACGGACGUUGAUUCCAAACAUCCCAACAGACGCAUUUCUUCUCCUCCUUUUGACACCCACCCUGCCCCUCCACCUUCCUCCAACCUGAAGACUGCACCUCAUUCUCCCACCCAGAGCAAGUCAUCUGACGCAAAGUUGGAUGAGCAGCACGAUUCACAGUGGCAAGGCAAUCUGAACGUUUCCACUUCCCCGUGGUCUCAUCCGAACAUUGUGACGACUUCUCCAUCAGUCAAAAACCCGUGGAAGCCAUUUGGCCCAGAUCACACUCUUACACUCGGUAACGGUAUCUUUGACCAACCUCUUGGGAGUUUCCCCCCACGCGAAAACCCACUACGUACACUCGGGUUGGACGCCGCAACUAUGUCUGCUCCUAAGUUUCCCAAUUCUCAAGAGCCAGCUGGCUCUCUGCCAUCCCCCGAGGCACGUCAGCCCUCAUUUGGCGCCAUGAGGCCGAUUGGACGGCCCGGCCCCAUCGGACCGCCGGGCGUCGAUCGCAAGCGGGCUCUCGAAGCCUGGCAGAGCUUCCAUCAGAUCACAGCUGAGAAGGAAGCACAAGAUUCAAAGAAUUUCAUGGCCCAGUUUGCCGAGCGACACAAGCGUCCACCCGCCCCUGUCUCGUACGAGGAGACCUGGAAAAAGGUGGAGAGGAAUGAAGACGGCCGACGCGUUUUGAAGAAGGGUCACGAGAAGGUCGUUAACAACGACGAACAAAUCGCCGAGGCAAAGGCUAGACUCAACGCGAACCCGCUGACAAGUCUUGAUGCCCCUGGAGAGGGAUUGGUUCUUCCCAUCCGCCACCGAGCAGGUAAAGCGCCUGGCGGAGAAAGAGCGCAACAGCCCUUCCCCCCUCCCCCCGAGGAGGUCUUCAAGCACCCUGCUUACUCUGGGGAUGCCGACCACCCACUCGUGAACCUGCCCAAGACGAAGCCCAUUGUCAAGUUGCCUCCGAAGGCCCUCCCUGCUCCGCCGCCCGCCCCGGCGCCCGCCCCUACAUUUGCGUCGAUGGCGGCGGCCGCGCCCCGCAAUUCAGGACUUGUUCCUUCGACUAGCCAGUCAUGGCAGGAAAGGUUCAACACUCUGUUGAAGAGCCAGGGAACGGUCCAGAAGAAGGGUGCCUUGGCAGUGACAUCUGCGAGCAAGGAGCCUCUCUCUGUCCAGGCCGAUGCUGUCUCGGUCUCCUUCCCUAAUGGUAACGCACGUUCUCAGAAUGGUGGAGGCGAUCACGCCGCCCGACAAGUGACCGAACAGGAUGAAAUGUUUGAGGAUCGCGAACCUGGAUCUUUGCCCGCUGUCCGUGUGCCCGACAUGGCACCCCAGAACUCUUGGGAUGCCACCCGCCCGUCAGAACGAUCGCGUGGCCGAGCCCCAAAGCAGGUCCAAGCCCAAAGGAUCCCUAUGUUCGACGUCGGGCGCGAUGACCGUGACAGCAAUGGCAACACCUGUGUCACUGUCUCUCUGCCUGGGUCUGCCGAGCCAAAGACUGUCAUCCUCCCGCGGAAGACCGGCACCGGCCCGCCUCGAAACCGCAAUGCUGGAUACGGCAAUUCCAGACCUCGAAACAACACUCAUAACCAUGCCGCUGGACCCCAUGACGGAACGGGUAACAAGCCCCGUCAGCCUUGGCGUCGUAACCAGAAGAAGCCUGCCGAAACGUACGGUUGGUAG